GCUAGAAGAGAAAAAAGUCAUCCCGCAGUAGACGAAGAAAUUUCCUUUCAGCUGAUAAAUCAAUUUUCGGUCCUUGAAAAGGUAAAGUUUCCCCCGCGAGCAUCCGCUUGAAGUGCUAGAUUACACCGCGUAAUCAAGGGCCAUCGUUUGGGAACCGUACCACCGCACCGUCUAGGCACAGAACAUCGAAAAUGAUUCGCUUCAUCCUGAUUCAGAACCGUGCCGGGAAGACCCGGCUGGCCAAGUGGUACAUGAACUUCGACGACGACGAGAAGCAGAAGCUGAUCGAGGAGGUGCACGCCGUUGUGACGGUCCGGGACGCGAAACAUACCAACUUUGUCGAGUUCCGGAACUUCAAGAUUGUCUACCGGAGGUACGCCGGGUUGUACUUCUGCAUUUGCGUGGACGUGAACGAUAACAACCUGUGCUACCUGGAGGCGAUACACAACUUUGUCGAGGUGCUGAACGAGUACUUCCACAAUGUGUGCGAGCUGGAUCUGGUGUUCAACUUCUACAAGGUCUACACUGUGGUGGACGAAAUGUUCCUCGCCGGGGAAAUCCGGGAGACGUCCCAGACGAAAGUGCUGAAACAGCUGCUGACACUCAACUCGCUCGAGUAGGAUGGAUUAACUUCGUUUCGUUUGCUUUUGUUGGCUGGAAAGCAGUUUCUAGUGCUUUUUUAUAUAUAUUUUAUCGACGCUCUAGUAAUCCUCUAUUAUGCAAUAUUAUGUUUCGGGACCUACCCGACUGGAACUGGAAAUCGGGAGUAUCCGCGUAUUUCUAAGAGACAAACCCUGACAUUUGCUCCUAGCAAGUGAAUCUCAUCACAAUCGUGAGUUUUGCAAACGUGCAGGAUUCCGAGCCGCUCCGAAGCUGCCGUUACAAAACCGAAGAAACAUUGACAAAAAAAAAGCAUAACUCAUACUCUUUAGAUUCGGUGCAGCACCACACCACCCCCUUCGAGGUGGUGCACUCUCGGUACGUACGUACGCUACAUUACGUAGAUAAUCCAUGGGUCCAAAGAUGAGAAGUUAAGUUAGAUUUUGUUUUCCCGGGUUUCUCGCCCUUUCGCGCUUAUUUGCUGCGUAACUCAGUGCAUUCCUUGUUACACGAAGAAGAAAAACGUAAGUAAUAAUUGUUCGAGAUCGUACUGGACAUACCGCUCCUGGCUAUGUCUCCUACCGCGAAAGCUUGAUUUGCCAUAAGAUCGCGUUCGUUUGAAAGAAAUCUAGAAAAAAAAAAUCCAAUCAUGAUCAUAAAGGGUAAGCAAAGAUAUUGUUGGUAUUAUUAAAUAGAAGUAAUCGAUUAUUCAAAACACAAGAAAAAUACACAAAAGAACAUAGCUACUACACAAGAAAACAAAAACGUUGUAUAGUCACGGAUCUACGAUACAAAAACAGUAAGAGGGCGGCUUAUUAAUCCUUAGAAAGCUGGCACUCGAUUGUCUCAUGUGGGGCAUUUCUGAUCAGAAGCGCUGCUCACGGAGUUCCUAAAGAGGGGUUCAGAGCGAUGCUUAGAUCCAUCUUCAGUCGAGAAAUUUGUCAGCUUCCUAAGCAUUAAUAAGUCCCUCUGCAAAAAUAACCUAAUGUUAGUUGUAUUCGAAAAGCAAAAAAUAGACAGUAAUGAACUACCGAUUGUAAACUGAACGCGGGAACGACGAAACACGGAGAACUUAAAACCAACAUCUUGAUCGUAACGUUAUUAUUAUUAUUAUUCGUAAUCGUGUAUCUAAUUACUGUGUAAAGAUUUAUUAGUGAAUAAUAAAAUAUAUGCAAUAAGACAGA